AUGACCCAAGCGAACCAGAUCAGCCUUGAACAAUUCCGAGUGAUGGGCAUUGAUCGCUCGCCAAAUACAGGCAUUUAUUUACUCGGAGAAACCACUGUUGUUUAUUUCGCAGGUAAUAAUAUUGUUUCUCAUAACUGGGAAUUGAAGAAACAGAAAUUUUUGCCCUACACAGAUACAGCUCGUGGUGAUGUUAAGUGCGUUGCUGUUUCUCCUCCAACUCAAAAUGGCCAAGUCUUCUUAGCUUAUUCUUUAGAACUUGAUGCUUCCAUUAUAUACAUUGUAGAACUUAAUACUCUUAAGCGCCAGAAAUCUAUUACACUUCCAAAUUCAACAAUGUCGUUUACUGCUCUCGCUUUUAGCGCUGGUGCACGUUAUUUGAUUGCCAUGGGAAAUACUGAUUCUCAGAUCUUUUACUUCGAUAUUACUAAUGGUUCUUUAGUCGUAUCCCAAAAAGUUACUGGCAAUGCUUCAACCAGUACAUUUAAUACAAGUGUAAAUUGCAUUUCUUUCCAUCCAACUGAUGUCAAUACAAUUUGCUGCACUGGUAAAGGAGUUUAUAAGCUCCUCGUCCGUAGCGAUAAAGGAUUUAACUAUAAACAAACGCCAAGCAAAGAUACAUACGAUUUCAAAGAACACAUCUUCGUAGGCCUUGAUAGCCGUAUCAUCGCAUCAUCUACAGAUGGUCACCUUUACUGUCUUGAUACUCCUAAUUAUUCUAUGCAGAUCCCUAUCAAGAAUCAAACAAAUGGCCCAAUUACAAACCUUACUCUUACACCAAAAGGCUUCGUCUGCGUUACAGGUGGAAACACAAUCCACUUCUUCGACAAACAAGCCGAUUUAAAGAAUUUCACAGAAGGAAAUUCAAUUGUAAUCGACGAAAACAGCACAAUUGUUGCUUUGGCUGUUUCUCCAGGCGAAGACAAACUCAUGGCCCUCAUGAAUGAUGCACGUCUCAUUGCAAUUCCUCUCAAUAAUACAGAUCCAAACGCAAAUCAGAACGAAGGACUCGUUACAGUACUUCCAUCCCACCACAUUGGUGUUGUUACAGGCAUCGACGUUGCAUAUCGCAAGCAACUCCUUGUUACUUGCGGUGAAGAUCAGUCAAUUCGUGUUUGGAACUACGAUAAAAUGGUUUGUGAGGUCAACCAUUACUGCAAAGACCCGCCAUUAUCAGUAUCAUUCCAUCCGAAUGGUUGUUUCAUGAUUGUUGGCUUCCCAGAAAAAAUUGCAUAUUUGGCCGUUACAGUAAACGACUUAGUUGUUCAACACGAGUUCGGUAUCAGAAACUGCAAGGACCUUAAGUUCUCCCACGGAGGUCAAUACUUCGCUGCGGUUAACCAGAACUCAGUAUCUGUUUAUUCAUCAUACACAUUUAAGCCGGUUGUCACAAUCAGAUCACAAGGCCAAAGAGUUGCAACAUUUGCAUGGUCCACAGACGAUAACCAUAUCAUAACAUGCGACAUGAGUGGUCAAAUGGGAAUUUGGGUUGUCAGAUCCGGUAAAUCCCGUACAUCAUUGACAUCUCAACAGACCCAUCACUUUAUUUCAAUUGUCGCUACCGAUCCAACAUGCGCCCGUUGCUAUGGUAUCACUGCUCCAGAUAAUACUUUACGCGAAACAGAGGACACACAGACAAAGAACCAACUGGAUGUCGUAGCUGUACCUUGCCAAGUUGUUAUGGGACCUUCUAAUAGGUGCUUGUUCGUUUCAACAAGGAACGGAACGAUCAGAAUUUACCAUUUCCCAGGAACUUCAAAUUCUGUCAACAAUUUCCCUACAACCGAUUCUGUAACGGAAACUGUAGCACACCACACGCCCGUAACUGCCAUGGUCACUUCCCCCGACUUCCAGUAUCUGUUUUCUUCAGGCGAAGAUGGCUGCAUCUACAUGAUGAAGAUCAAUGGCGUCGACCAAGGCAACCAGAGAUCAGAUGCAAAGAUCACUUUCUCAGAAGAUGUCCUCAUUACAAGAUCUGAGAAUGUUGAGCAGCUCAAGAAGCUCAGAGCAGCACAGCAACGCGUCAGAGAACAAAGCGAAACUAAUGCUAACAAGCUUGCAACGUUAAACCAAGGUUUCGAACAGUCAAUUAAGACAAUCCAAGAAAAAUUUGCUGCUGAACAAGCCGCUGAGAACCAGAACAUGGCCGCCCUUGAGCAGCAAAUCGAGCAGAUGAACCAGGAAGCCUGCGAACAGAUCCAAGCAACAAACAAACGUUUCGCAAACGAAGAAGAACAAAAAUUAAAGAGAUUCGAGAUGUCCAAAGAGAACGAAAUGAACCAACAAGAACAGUUGAAGCUCGAUAUCGAAGAAGCACGUAAAGAAUGGGAUGAAAAGCUCAAGAAAGCAAUAGCUGCAAACCAAGCAUCUCGUGAAGAAGCAGAAAGGAAAUUCCAAGAACAACUUCGCUCAUUGGCCGAAGAAACACAACGUGUUCAAGAAGAAAAGAACGCGAUGAUUGAAGAAUACGACAAAUGGGAGAUCGAAAGAAGCCGUGAACUUGCUUUUGAAAUCGGAAAGAGAGAGUUCGAAGCUUUGCAACUCAGAAAGGAAGAACUGAAGAAAUCAGCAGAACUCGAGCAACAAAGCAAGAGAAUGGAAGAACAACUGAAAGAAGCAAAGGCAGCAGAAGCAGAUGCAAGAGACAAACUGAACAAGAAAGCAGCAGAAGUUGCAGGAAAGCAAACAGAUAUUGCUCAGGCAAGACAUCUAAAAGAAACAAGAAUUCACGAACUGAAAGAACUCAAGCACAACUUAGAAGAGAAAGAUGCAAGAAUCGAUGAACUCACAAAACAAAACUCCAACCUCGAAAAGCACAAACAAUUGCUUAACGACAGAAUUGCGGAUUGGAACAAGAAACUUGAGCCAGAUCAAGCCAAGUUGCAGGAUAUCACAAUCACAUGUGAAAGAAUGCAACAAGAAAUGCAGAGAUACAACAAGAACCACGAACAACUUCGCUUGGAAUCGAAUGAACUUCGUCUCAAAAUCGAUGCAAAACUUAGAGAAAUCGAUACAAGAACUAAAGAAUACGAAGAAGUCAGACAAAUCAUUCGCCAGUUCAAGCUUGAAGUUCACAAUGUUUAUCAGGCUCUUGAACAGGAUAAGAACAACACGACACACAAGCCAAAGAGAUUUUCUCCAUGUUUGGAAGCCUUGUACAAGAAAUAUGUUGGUGACGAGAGUUCAUCAAAGAGAAAGACAGGUGUCACUGAUAUCCAAAUCGAGAGAAACAGACAGCGCGAUGCACUUGAAAGAAACAUCACAGCUGUUGCAAGAAGACUCUCUAGAGGUGACGAAGAAUCAAAGAGAACACAAGAGAGAAAGAUGGCUGAAUCUGUUACAUUGAUGACACAGAUUUCAGACUUAAGAAGACAGAUCCAGAAUCUCCGCAUGAAGAAGGAGAUUUUGGAAGAGUCUCAUAAGUCAAUGUUCAGCCAGGAAGAGUUGCAUAAGAUUAUCCAGAUGCAGGAAGGAAGAAUCAAAGAGUUGACAACACAAUUGAAACAGUUACAACUCCGCGGAAAUGUAUCAAGAAGACCAGCAAUGUCAAAGGAACGUUUGCCACCAAUGAAUAUCAACGAGUAA